CCUAUUCUACAGUGAAGUAGUAUAGAAUAUGUAGUAGUAGUAAACUUGUAGUAGUAAGUAUUACUAAUAUCUCACAUAAUCCACUCGGACCUCUCCUCAACCCGGCAUCGCGAAGAGCCCAAGUCCGAAGAGCCAGAAAGACAAAGACAAUUCUUCUCAACCUCAUCUCCGUCUGCUCAAUUGCUUUUCCUUCAACAAGAGCAGCAUCAAACCAGGUAUAUGCUCGCUCGUCGCUCUCUCUGCCGACGACUUCCACUCUGGUACGCAACCCUCACCACUUCUCCUCAACCUGCUACCUCCUCCUCCACUUUAUCCUCUUCAUACUCCUCAGCUUCGACAAUGACUGCGCCGGAUCACCUUCUCGCCGACGCGAAACCGCCUAUCAUCUUCCUCUCUGCAAAGCCCCACUUCGAGGCUCUCUCGCAGACCGAGAAACUCUACGCCCACCACUUCUCAAAGGCCGCGCACUUCGGCACCCGCGUCGUCCUCCGCCAAGUCUCGCCCUACUCCGAAGCAAUCUUCGACCUCAUCCUCGCCUUCCACUCCGCGCUCUCCCCCGCCGGCGGCAUCCGCGCCGCCCUCACUAGCGACGCAACCCUCUCCGCCGACGAAGCAACGCAGCUGCUCGAGUACUUUUCCCAAUUCCUCUCUAACCUGGGAGAAUACAAGUCCUUCGGCGACAUCAAAUUCGUCCCGCGUCUCCCCGCCGACAGCUUUGCGCGCGCGGCAGAGCGCGCUGGGGUAGCGGAGCAGUUCGAGGCGCUGCGCGUGCCGAUCUAUAGCACUGAGCCUGCGGCCGCGACGUUGCUGGGAUAUCCCGAGUCUGGACAUGUGACGGGGUACUACCCUCGCGCGGCCGGCGACGUGAGCAAGGCCGAGGUCGAAGCGAUUCACGACGCGAUCGGCGGUGUGCUGUUGCCUGAGAACACGCGCGUGAGCAAGGUCGGCGAGGACGAGUACAAGCUGCUGAUUGCGUCUGCGACGCGAACCCCCUCGAUCCGAGACGGCGGCGAGACGACGGAGUACCCUGUUCCUUCUAUCAGCAAGACGGCAAAAGUCGUGGUCGAGUACGGCGACCACGCGGUCGAGAUGGGCAAGAUCGCAGGGGAGUUGGCAAAGGCAAAGGAGUACGCUGCGAACGAGAAGCAGGCGGCGAUGCUGGACGCGUACGUAAAGUCCUUUGAGCAAGGAAGUAUGCAGGAGCACAAGCGGUCGCAGCGCGAGUGGAUCGGGGAUAUCGGGCCCGCGGUCGAGACCAACAUCGGUUUCAUCGAGACCUAUCGCGAUCCGGCGGGGAUCCGCGGCGAGUGGGAGGGUUUGGUCGCGAUGGUGAACAAGGAGCGGACAAAGACGUUUGGCGCGCUGGUCGAUGGCGCGAAGGAGUACAUCGGGUUGCUUCCGUGGGCAAAGGACUUUGAAAAGGACGUGUUCACGCCGCCGGACUUUACCUCCCUCGAGGUGAUGACGUUUGCGGGCUCGGGCAUCCCUGCGGGAAUCAACAUCCCAAACUACGACGACAUCCGGCAGACGAUCGGGUUCAAGAACGUGUCGCUGGGGAACGUGCUGAACGCGAAAUCAAGCGGCGAGAAGACCCCGUUCAUCCGCGACUGCGACGCGGAGCUGUACGAGAAACUGCGCGGGCCCGCGUUCGAGCUCCAGGUCGGUCUGCACGAGCUCCUCGGCCAUGGCUCGGGCAAGCUGCUGUCCGAGACCGAGGCCGGCAAGUUCAACUUUGACGUGAGCAAGCCGCCGGUGUCGCCGAUCGACGGAAAGCCCGUGACGACGUACUACAAGCCCGGGCAGACGUGGGGAUCGGUGUUUGGCACGACCGCGGGCGCGUACGAGGAGUGUCGGGCCGAGUGCGUGGCGAUGUACCUGUGUCCCGAGCCCGCGCUUCUCGAGAUUUUCGGGCACACUGCGACCUCGACCGAAGUCGGCCUCGCCGACGACGUAGUCUACAUCGCAUACUUACUCAUGGCGCGCGCGGGUCUGUCCGCGCUCGAGUUCUGGGACCCGCAGACAAAGAAGUGGGGCCAGCCGCACAUGCAAGCGCGGUUCUCGAUCUUAAAGCAAUUCCUCGAAGCCGGCGACGGGUUCGUCGAGCUGCGCACGGCGGAAGAGGAUAUGUCUGAUCUCGAGAUCGUGAUGGAUCGGAGCAAGAUCGCGACGCACGGACGGAAGGCUGUGGGCGCGUAUUUGCAAAAGUUGCAUGUGUACAAGUCCUCUGCUGACGCGGAGCGCGGGAAGGCGCUGUUUGCGCAGACGUCGGAGGUCACGCCUGAGCUGGCGAAGUUGAGGCCGAUUGUGAUGAAGAAGAAGUUGCCGAGACGGUUGCUGGUGCAGGGGAAUACGUUUGUGAAGGAGGAUGGGGGGGUUGAGUAUCGCGAGUAUGAGGAGUCGGCGGAGGGUAUGAUUCAGAGCUUUGCAGAGCGCGAGGUGUAGUUGAUCUAGUCUCUACUUUGCUUAUAUAAAUAAAAAUACAUGCUUUACAUAUAAA